GCCCAUUCCCCAUUUUGGGAGCUGCCGGAUCCAUGUUCAGAUCCUCGUCUUUGGUGAGCCUCCCUUUUUUUUUAAUCUGGGAUAUUCUUUUUUAAUCCCUCCCUGCCCGUUUCCACUUGCAAGAAACUCCCGCAAUGAACAAAUGUUGCUCGGAGGCAUUGAGAAAGAACAACAGAAGGCCCGUCAUAUCAUGACACCACUCGCUAGUCCGGGAGGCAGGAAGGGCGGAUAGUCGGGAUGCGCACCUUCCAUUCUCCCCCCACUCUACAAAGUACCUUCCUUGCCUUAGUCAUACUACAAUCUACAUUGCCAUUUGUACCAUUUGGUGGUGAUCGGGCAAGCUCUGGUGGAGAUCGACUACAGGGUCCCAAGACCCUUUCCGCUGGCGCCCGUCGCCGCAAUCUCUCGGCAUCUGGACGGCCUCACUGGGGAGUGGAACACCGGGCAUCAAUCGCACCUUCUCCCACGCACCACUUCCCACGAUGCACACCACCGAACCCGCCGAAAACAGCCCAGCCGCUUUUACCGUUCCAGGGGUCUAAAUCCCGCCCGUCGACGGUUCCGUCACUGUUCAUCAUCAACAACCCCAACGUAACUGGACAUCAUCGAUCCAUUGGUUUCUCAGCCGUGCAACUUACACGCUCCGUGUCAACAUUCUGCCCCUCGAUGCCGAAUCGAAAGUCAUCUCUUCUCCGUACAAAGCUCCAAAUGAUACACAAUGUGCCCCCAUGAGUUCCAGCAAAACUUGACCACACUUGGCCGGACAAGCGCCAUUCAAAUAACCACAAGCCAGCUCAACCGAGACGAAGUUACCUGGGUCCUCGUGGACAUUGCCUACUGCGUACCAUAUUUGGCAAGGCACAGCAGCCGCACGAGUCUUAGUCCGAAGUCGCAGGGAGGUGGCUGCGAAUAGCUUCAGAGUUCUCAU